GGUACUGGAAUGUUGAUCACUAUCCUUGGAAUGACUUUGACUCAAAACUAAUGGCUGCUACAUAUACAGUGUUACGCCAUUGUGAACCUAUGACACGAUUUCUCGUGGAUUAGUAUACGUGUACUUAGCAUUAUCGAUUGUACGUAUACAGAUGUACGUAGUCAAUAGGCGUGGCGUCAUGGGGUGUGUUUUACUAUUCUAAAAAUAGUACAGGGAAGCCCUAGAUUCAUUAUACAUGAUCUUGUAUAUACAACAUUGAUUCCUGAGUGUGCAGACCAUUACCACACCACCGCCAUGGGUGCCGGCCAAUUCCUACUGUUGGUAUGGAAGAAUUUCACUGUGUCCCGUCGGAAUUACUGUGCCACUGUUUUUGAGGUGAUACUACCUGUGGCAUUUUCAUUGUUGCUGCUGAUGCUGCGGUUCUUGGUAACCAGUGUAGACCACACCCAGCCCUUCCUGUGGGGCGCAUUCCCGGUGGAUGACUACACGAUAUUUAUACAGGCCAGUAACGGAAUUUUGUAUUCCCCGAACACCAACUCGGUCAGGAAUUUGAUGAGCAAUAUUUCGGCAAUUACUGGUCCAAAUGUCAACAUUACAGGUUUCCCUUCCUCAGCCGACGCCAUCAGCGAGUACGAAAAUAAUCCAGAACAAGUGUGGGCUGUCUUAGAGUUUGAUGGAGAUUUUUCCGGCGCAUCUCUGCCUCAAAGCGUAACAUACAAACUGCGUGUGGCCACAUUUGCAGAUGAUAAAUGGAAAACGGAUAGAACAUUUCAAUUUUAUCAGGCGUUUGGACCAAGGGACCAAUACUCCAACUAUACCAGCGAACCAUUCUACAGGGAGAGGGGAUUUCUGUAUCUUCAGUACACCAUCGAUAAGGCAAUCAUCGACCAAGCAAUCCCUGGUAAUGGCAUAGGAAGCAAAUACAACGUGAACCUUCGGAAAAUGCCCUAUCCGCCAUAUGUGGAGGAUACCCUCCUGACCGUACUGAGGUCUAGCCUGCCCUCAAUUGUCCUCUUCGCCUUCAUCGUAACGGUGUUUCAGACAACCAAAAAUAUAGUGUACGAGAAAGAAAAGAAACUCAAGGAGACGAUGAAGCUGAUGGGAUUACACCCGACCCUCUACUGGCUGUCAUGGUUCACCAAAGUCUUUAUCUACAUGCUUAUUGCAUGCUUCUUCUUCACUCUGAUGAUGUCAAUCGACACGGGAGAAACCGGAAGUGUCCUGCCGAAGUCAUCACCCACCCUUAUUUUCGUCUUCUUUCUUCUCUAUACGCUAGCAAUCAUCGGAUUCUGCUUCUUGGUGGCGUCCAUAUUCAGCAAAGCUACGUCGGCCGCCUUCGCCGCAGGUAUCCUGUACUACCUGUUCUUUGUACCUCAGUACUUCCUAGCGUCAGACUAUGACACCCUGAGUCGAUCCGUGAAGAUGGCCACAUGUUUACUUCAUCCUAUGGCCCUCACGUGGGGUAUAACCACCAUCACCAUAUACGAGGGUACCGGUGCUGGAGCUCAGUGGACAAAUUUCAUCAGUCCGGCCACCACGGACGAUAAUUUCUCAUUAGGUAUAGCAAUGGGUAUGCUACUUUUAGACAGUGUCAUCUGCUUCUUCAUCGCCUGGUACCUGGAUAACAUCAAGCCGGGCGAGUUUGGUGUCCCGAAACCAUGGUACUUUUUGUGCACGAAAACGUACUGGUGUGGUACAGAUGGGCCAGAUGAAAUGUUUGAUGUCACUGUUAGUCACACACACCCGGACAAGUUUGAGGGCGAUCCUUCUGACCUCAGUGUUGGGAUCCAUAUAAGUCACCUUCGAAAGGUGUUCGGCAGCGGAAAGAAAAGAAAGGCAGCCGUAGUGGACACCACACUGAACAUGUAUAAGGGUCAGAUAACUGCCUUAUUGGGACACAACGGAGCGGGCAAGACAACUACCAUGUCCAUGUUGACGGGAUUUAUACCUCCAUCAAAAGGGACAGCCAUUAUUAACGACUGUGAUAUUCGGAGGAAUAUAGACGGGGUUCGGAAGAGUCUUGGACUUUGUCCUCAGCACAACGUUUUGUUUGAUAAUCUCACUGUAGAAGAACAUCUGUGGUUCUUUGCAAAGUUAAAAGGUUGCCCGGGAAAUAUUUUGAAAAAGGAGAUAUCGGACAUGAUGAAGCUGCUAGGAUUAGAGAAUAAGGGCAGUAUUCUGUCCUCAAAUUUGUCUGGUGGACAGAAGAGGAAGCUUUCAAUGGGAAUAGCACUGAUAGCUGAUUCAAAGGUCCUCAUAUUGGACGAGCCCACUUCGGGGAUGGACCCGGCCGCACGCAGGGAAACAUGGGAAAUCCUACAGAAGUAUAAAGCAGGGCGAACUAUUCUGUUGUCAACUCACUUCAUGGACGAGGCUGAUAUCCUUGGCGACCGAAUCGCUAUCAUGGCUGAAGGCGUCAUCAAAUGCUGUGGGACAUCACUAUUUCUGAAGAAAGCAUAUGGUGCUGGUUACCAUUUGGUGGUGGUCAAGUCUAAAACCUGUGACGUAAAUCGUCUAACCAGUCUAGUAACGAGCCAUAUACCACGUGCUGUAGUUGAGAGUGAUAUCAGUGCGGAACUCUCCUAUCUUCUGCCCUUUGAGGAAUCACCAAAGUUUGAAAAGCUUUUUGAAGAUAUCGAAAAGAACGCCUCUUCUCUAGGCAUCAGUAGUUUCGGUACCACUGCAACAACAAUGGAGGAGGUCUUUCUCAAAGUGGGUGAGAGUUCUAAAUCUGAAGACGAUGUUGAAGACGAAAAUGGAAAAAACGGUUUCUCCAGCCCCAUAUGUACGGCUGACAGACAGAAUAUUGUAAUGCAGCCUAACAACGGUGCCGGUCAGUCCACAAAUAUUUACGAGACGUUUGAAAAGAACAUUGGUCUAAAAAGAACUUUUCAACAGUUUUACGGAAUGUUCGUGAAGAAGGCCAUCAACACGUGGAGGAAUAAGGCUGUUACAGUAACUCAAUUGAGCCUUCCUGUGGUGUUCACCAUACUGGCUUUCCUCUCUAUACAAUCCAGUCCCAACCAGGGCAAAGCCUCUGCUGAACCUGCACUUAAACUUGACAUUGCACCUUUCACUUCAGACUAUAGAGUCAUGUAUAAAUUUGAAAAAAAUCUGGAUCAGGAAAUGGCGGACAUAAAAUAUCAAUUUAGUAAUUUAUUUUCCGCGGAUUCUACAGAAGAUGCUGGAGACGUUAACACUAUGGAAGAGGCCCUUUUGUCGAAAGCGAAUAGCAUUGGGAUUUCCACAUUUAAUCAGCGUUAUAUUGUAGCCGGGGACUUUACAAAUCGCAGUUCGGCAUUGACGGCCUACUUCAAUGGUCAACCUUUCCAUUCCUCGGCGGUGGCAUUGUCUUACAUGAUGAAUGCAUUGUACAAAGGGAUAGCCAGCUCGACCAGUUAUUCCAUCACGACCAUAAACCACCCUCUUCCGCCCACUGUCUCAGAUCAGAGCGACAGGGCUAGCGUUACGGCUUCUGCCGGUGGAUUCACUAUCGCAUUGCUCGUCUUGUUCGGAAUGGCCUUCUUGUCUACAAGUUUUAUUCUAUUCCCAAUAAAAGAGCGCUCUACUGGCGCUAAGCACCUCCAGACAGUUAGUGGUGUUAGUUCUUUUGCUUACUGGCUGUCCAACCUCUGCUGGGACUUCUUGAACUACCUGUUUGUAGCAAUAUGUAUAGUGAUAGUAUUUGCGGCUUUCCAGUCUCCGGCUUACGUGGAGAACGGACGAAUUGGCCUAGUUGUCCUGGUUUUCCUUAUAUACGGAUUAUGCUGUCUACCUUUUGUUUAUCUGCUGCACUUCCCCUUCUCUACACCGUCCACGGGUAUGGCAGCCAUCACAAUCCUCAAUAUUAUCUCGGGUAUGAUUGCUCUUUUGGCGGUGUUUAUACUCGAGCUGCCUGGCCUUGGCACAGAGGAAGUGGGUAAAGCCCUAAACUGGAUAUUCACUAUUCUAGUACCACACUACUGUCUGGGCAGGGCCUUGAACAACAUCUAUGUCAACUAUGAGGUUACUCAGACGUGUGAAGAGUUUGGGUAUCAAACAUCAUGCAUAUUCAAGAAUGAUGGACCAUGCUGUUCAGGUUGCACGUCGAACUGUCUGGUGUUCAGCGAUAACUACAUGAUGUGGGAGUCCCCAGGAAUUCUCAAGUAUAUCGUCUUCAUGUGCAUCCAGGCCGUUUUCUUCUUCGUCGUCGUCUUGGCGAUAGAGUAUGGUGUACUUGGACAACUCCUAUACUGCAUCUGCGGCACAUCUCGGUCCGAUGAAGAGCAUAUGGCGGGCGAUGAAGAGGACAGCGAUGUUAAAUCCGAGAGGGAGAGAAUCUGGAACUCACCACUCACAAAACUCAUGGAGACAGACGCGCUCAUACUUAAGGGUCUGUCCAAGUCGUAUCGUCGGGUAAAAGCGGUACGGGGCAUCAGUGUGGGUGUGUCCAGUCAAGAGUGCUUCGGGCUGCUAGGACAGAACGGCGCUGGGAAGACGACCACUUUUAAGAUGAUAACCGGCGACGCGUUUGUCAACAGUGGGAAUGCCUAUCUCAACAGUUUUGAUGUUAAACGACAUCUUAAACAGGUUCAGCAGAAUCUCGGCUACUGUCCACAGUUUGACGCCCUGAUCAACCAGAUGACUGGUCGGGAGACGCUGACCAUGUACGCUAGAUUACGCGGGGUACCGGAGAACCGUAUACGGGAUGUAGUGGACGAUUUGAUGGCUUCAACGAUGCUGACAAAAUAUGCUGACAAAAAUUGUGGAACGUACAGUGGUGGUAACAGAAGGAAGUUGAGCACAGCCAUCGCUCUGAUUGGAGACCCACCCUUUAUACUACUGGAUGAGCCGACCACAGGGAUGGAUCCUGGAGCUCGACGGAAACUAUGGAAUUUGUUAUCUGAUGUCAGAGCCAGAGGAAGGACUCUGGUGCUUACGUCGCAUAGUAUGGAGGAAUGCGAUGCACUUUGUACCAAGAUUGUCAUCAUGGUCAAUGGAAAGUUUGUGUGUCUGGGAAGUCCACAGCAUCUCAAAAACAAGUUUGGCCAGGGUUACACGCUCACUGUCAGACUAGGUUUGACGUCGAGUGGUGAAACCAUGUCAUCAAAUGACGUGAAAAACCACGUGUUACAUCACUUUCCUAACACAAAAGUGUUUGAUGACCUGUACCAGGGCUAUCUCACUUUCCAGAUUCCUGAGUCGGGUAUACCUUUGGCAAAGGUAUUCGGUACAAUGGAACGGGUAAAAAAAGACUUUGGAAUCGAGGAUUACUCCGUACAGUCAACAGCUUUAGAGCAAGUCUUUCUGGCUUUCACUAGGAAUCAGGUAUCAGAAGACGAGAAGAAAAAGCGAAAGCGUUGCCUUUGUUGUUGUUAACUUUGUUUUAAAACAAGAAACACAAGCUUGUUCCUGUUAAUCGUUGAUGUCACCAAACAACAAAUUAUAUAUGUUGACAAGUCUUCGCUAGCGGUAUUACCACACUUAAUCAAAAUAAAACAUAACAAACAAAAAGACAAACUAGACGUGGUGUAUAAAUAUACUGACAUAUUUUUUUUUACGAAUUAUAAUACUUUAUAAUAGAGUAUAAUAUUGAUGCAGUAUUUGUCAUUUUUCAUUCAUUCCAUUUAACGUAUUUUGAGCUGGACUCUCGAUCUUGUUGGUAGGAAGUUUAUUAACAUUGAACUUUUUAAAAUUAUGUCACUAGAAAAGUCGAGAUUUUAUAUUUCAGCUUUAGGAAUCCUACAUCUAGUUUCUUUACUGAAACAUUGUGUUCAGUUGUUUCAGUUAGUGGAGGUGAAAAAGAAAAACUCGACAACGCUUCUCUAGCUUUUCCUCUCAUCUAGGCGAUUCUUCUGACUGAUUUUUUCAGAAUAGAAAAGAAAGAGUUGCUGUUGACGUGUUAUCGAGUUUAACGUUUUCUUUACGCACACGUAUUGUUAAGUUUGUCUUUUCCUUUAUGUAUUACUUCGUCCGUCGGGAUCAUGCUUAACAAGUUUAUUAUAUAUAUACAUGUAUAUAUACAUGUGAAGCCGGUGUUUGUAGAGAUUCCUACCCUAGUAAAAUAAAUCGGUGCACGGUACUCUGGUAACGACCUAUAAAUGAAAGUAAUGAUAAGCUGAUCAUUUAAUGACGUUUUCUUCAGACAUUUUUUCUUGGUUUCAUAUUAGGUAUCCCAUUGUAGUUUUAUCAGAUAAUCAACACAGAAUUUUACAUGCAUAAAAAACGGAAAAUAUAUAUAAGAUUAACUUCAAAUUGUUGUCAACUCGUCAACGUGAUUUGUGCACAUGUUGUUGGUAACACACAUAUUGUUGAAUUUCUCUUUAUUGUUGGUAGAACACUAAUCAGUUAUAUACUACUCCAAUAUUAUAUGUGCAGUGUAAAUAUAUAUUGCUGUAAACAAUGUCAAUGUACAUGUACUAUUGAACGUGGGUAGAUAUUCUGUUGUAAAAGAUUAAACGUCCAUGAACUAUUUUAUUAAAUUUAGACUACUUAAUGAUAUAUUUACGAUAUAAGUAUAGUUAUGUUUAUUAAAAAAUCUAUUUUGAAACAUUUAUAUAGAAUAAAUAUGUCUUGCUUUAUUAAGAUUAGACACUUCUUUGGAUUUCUUUUUUAUAUUUAAAGUUUAUAUAACAUUCCUCUAUUGCAUUCUGUACAUCACAUAGAUAUCGGAAAUAUAUAUAGAAAACUUAUGUAUAUUUACUGUUGAUAGCUUACCUACACGAUGUCAUUACUAAUCGGCGUUUUACACCGAUCUGCUGGCCUUCACUAAACGUUAUAUUUUACUUUUUAUAAGCUCCUUAAGUGUUCCAACGGAAGUUGUAGUAGACCACUUCGUUAUUAAGAACUUCAGACAUCAGCCGGUUUUCUCCACGUGUCGUAGUCACGACCCUAAUGAUUGCUGGGUCAAACGGUCAGGAACAUAUUGCUGCUUUAAUGAUUUUACGGUAAUUAAUGGGAUGUACGACAUUGGAAUUACUUAUCAUCAGUGCCUAUAAUUUGGACCAUGUGGUGUUGUAUUCGGAGGAAACAAAUUGUUUAAUAUGGUUUAAGUGUCCCUAUGGAAAACAAAAUUAUAAUAUUACAGGUCAGUUUGGUUAUUUUUCCAUUUAAAUAUUACUAUAUUAUUAUACAAUUAUCUGUUAUGAAACUUUAUCAUGUUGUUUAGUAUGUACAAUGUAGGUGAAUAAGAUGUUGCUAUAUCACAACCAGUAUUGGAUUUCUGGUGUGACAUCGUUGUCUACUUCCUCACAUAAAUUAUCAGUGAACAGUACGUACUCAAGGUGUACGAAAUUGUUUCCAAACUAAGAGUCGUUUCAGCUACGCAAAAAAUGUGAUGUUCUCAAGGAUAACAGAUAUUUUUAAUGAUCCAUGGUAGUCGAUUCGGCUUACGCCUUCCAUUGGAAUUGACUCAGAUCAAUUUAGACAUGGAUCGUUCAAGUUAAGGCUUUUGUACAAACAAAUUCACUACAGUCAACACCACAUAUACUAUCAUUGUUUGUCGAUAUAGAGAGUGGUAGAUAACCUUUAUUUAAGUGUAGAGGGCAAUGAUCAAAGACUUGGUGUUGGAGACGUUUUAACCAAUAGCUGCAAUACCAUAAUAAACGAAUGACAACUUUACAAAGUGCUUAAAGUGACCUCUAGAUGGAAAUCAAGCUAGGUUUGUUUCCGUCCCUUUGUAAAAAAAUUACAUGCUUUAUGUUAGGUUUGUAUUGUUUAAUUAAUCUUACCGAUUGAUGUAUGUCAUGUACGUCUCUCCUACGACAAAAUGUUGCGAUAGACACUUUGAUAUCACUUUUCCCGUUGGCAUAUCCCUUCACCGAACAGUAUAAGUCCAACUUUAACCUAACCUGGUGUAUUGAGCUAACUUCUUAGACACCUCAAUAUGGCCUUCCAUUACGGAAUAUCAUCUACAAUUUAUGGUGAAGUGACGCUGAAUUAGAAAUUAUUGGAAUAUGGACUUUGGAAUUUUGUGUUUAUCUAAGUUUAUCAGAAAUUAUCAGUGAUAUUCAACCAAAUCUGAAUAUAGUUGCGUUGUAGUGUGGAAAUCUCCGUACACACUAUAGAUUUUUUUGCUCUGGUUUAUUUUUAGGUAAAAAUGACUUGGAUAUGGAUAAAUUGAUAUAAGAUAAUUGUGACUUCUCCGAAUGACUAAGCAAUUAUUUUGUUGACAAAUUGUAACAAUUUCUGUAAUAUAUCAGAUAUUUUCUCCUCUCACUCUGCAGGAAGAAUAUUUUUGGGUAACAAAUAUUUGUAUGAAGUUUGAGGAUUGGUGAUUUGAGGAAAUUUGAUAUUUAUUUUGCAAUGCGUCAAUAUCACACAUAUGUCCAUAAUGUAUUCUGGCUACGUCCAUGAUAUUAAUUUAUUAAUGUGGAGGUUAGUUUGGCUACAAACAAAAUACAAAUAUUUUAGUGAAAUUUGGCUUGAAUUUAACUGCUGGAAAGGCGGCAGACAGACAUAAUUAUAAUUACGCGUUAAUCUUGUAUUAUAUUUUGUUUCGGAAUUGAAGUCUCGAUACAUCCCAGCUUCAAACUCCUUAAUAACAAAGAUUUUAUCAACUGAUAAGGAUUGUUUUCGGACACAGUUCUUGUCAAAAGGAAAAAAAACUUGGCCAUCACUGAUGACAUCGUGUUGAUUUAAGAGUGAUCAAGAGUUAAUGCACGCCCACAUGGACUUUAUAAUGCUCAAAAUCCUAUUUAUUUUCAUUAACACUCUAUAACGAUUAUUCAUAUAUACUAGUACGUUAUGUAGUAUUGACAUUAACAUUUAAUGCAGGAUUUCCAUUGCAUGGCUAUUUAUGGCAUCAGAGAUGUGAAGUGUGGUACAGACUGCAGUAAUUGACGUAAGUGAAGUGAGAGGUUCUGUUAAGUCGUGGUCAGUCGUGAUUUGUACAGCUUUGUUCAGUCUGUGAGAUGAUGUCAGUAUUUAAAAUAAACAGUGAAGUAAGGCUACAGUAAAUGAUCUAUUGUAAAUCGUAGUAUCCGCUGUACAGUAUGGUGCAAUAUUUCAGCUACUGGUGUACUAUAGAUAUGUUGCAUUUUGUCCAUAUUAUUGUGAAUGCAUAAUAAAGUUUACUGUUGAUGUCGCUUCGUCAGACUGUGAUUUAUCAUGAAAUAAAGACAUAGACUUAUC